AGGGGGAGCAGGCUUUCUACCUCUCCCCUCGUUGUAUACACGUCUUUCUCUCAAUUAAUUGCAUAUUGCUUUUCUUCUUAUACAUUUUCUUCUUUUCGCCUGGAAAAGCAUUUUUCUUGAAUAGCUUCUGCUUUUCUUCUCCUCUCUUCUCCCUUUUACUUUAAUCUCAUUAUCCUUACACACUUGAUUAUUAUUUUUAUAACAGCCAUCUUGGUUUUGCAGAGAAUUGAUCAGAUCUCUCUUCUCGAACCUUCUUUUUCUCAGAGAGCCCAUCUGCCAUGUCCACACUUGCAGAGAGGAGGCUGAUGAAAGAAUUCAAGCUGCUCCAACGGGAUCCACCUGCAGGUAUUAGUGGGGGCCCUCAAGACAACAACAUCAUGCUCUGGAAUGCCGUCAUUUUUGGGCCUGAUGAUGAUACACCGUGGUAUGGAGGUACGUUCAAGUUGACUCUACAAUUUACUGAGGAUUAUCCGCAUAAAGCUCCAACAGUUCAGUUUGUCUCGCGGAUGUUUCAUCCAAAUAUCUAUGCAGACGGAAGCAUUUGCUUAGAUAUUUUACAAGAGCUAUGGAGUCCUGUAUACAGUGUUUAUGGUAUUCUGACAUCGAUCCAGUCACUGCUUUGUGAUCCAAAUCCAAAAUCUCCUGUAAACUCCGAAGCGGCUCGCAUGUUUAGGGAGAACAAGCGAGAAUAUGACCGAAGAGUGCGUGAGAUAGUGGAGCAGAGCUGGAUUGCUGACUAAGUGCUAAAUGAAAGCACCAGAAACUUGUCUCUCUGCAAAUGAAAAAUGCAGUGUAGGUGGUGGGUCUGAAUUUCCCUACACUUGUUAGAUAGUGGCGAACCCUAUAUUCUGCAUUUUUCAUUUGCAGAAUAUAGGGUUCAUUCGCCACUAUCUAACAAGUGUAUGGACCACCUACACUGCAUUUUUCAUUUGCAGAGAGACAAGUUUCAGAUUUUGGAGAUUCCUUUGGAUGAUUUGAUUUCUGGCUUCUAGGUUGAACCCCUUGAUUUCCCAAUGUUUGUACUGAUUCUCGUUUCAUGUAGUGAUGCCCUCGGCAAUCUCUUUCUCUCUUAUCAGAGAGGAAAACGCACAACCUGUUUUACGGGAAUUAUUUUUUGUGGGCCUUCAGAUGUUUUGACUGAGUUUUGCUUGCUUGCUUUAUAUGGAUGAAUUUGCAGAUA